AUGGAUCCCAACGAGCAACCGUCAUGGGCAGGAGGCGAUGCUCCAGACAAGGAAAAGAUGGAACAGAUUCGCGCAAGACGUCUUGCUAAGCUAGGGACAUCAACGCCUAUGUCCUCCAAAUCAGACGAGAAUAAGGCUCCCGAUUCUGAAUCGUCGAACCCCUCGCGCACGUCAACGCCGAAGCCGCAGCCGCAACCCGCACCCACCGAGUCACGGCCCAAGAUCAACAUUACUUCUUCCGCCCCGGCGGCAUCCUCCAGCUCGAACCCUCUCAAUAAGCUAGGGGUCAAGGCAGAGCCGUCCAGCUCAACAGGUAGCUCCCAUGUGAAUCGCAAGAGACUGGCUUCAGAGAUUGACGACAUGGCUGCAGCGGACCGAUCCUCCCCCAAACCUUCCAACUCUCAGCCUGAGUCCGACGCCUCCUAUGCCGACCGAAUACUGUCACAGAUCUUCCGCAUCACUGUAGACCCGCACAAGAUGAUCAACGGUCAUGGUCAACGGCUGACAUUCCUUCCGAGCUUGAACGAGGAACUGAACGAGUCUGGGGAGCCUUUGAAGCUAUCUCUGAACAUACUGGAUCAAGCUCUGAUGGAGGCGGCCACUAGCUAUCCUCAGGAUAAGCCCCUCAUGAACUACUUCUUGCCUUGCUGGAAGCGUGCCCUUAAAGCGUCGGUUCAAUUCAAGGCGGCCGAGGGACCCAAGCUCGAGGUUCACGAAGAGGCCAAGAGGUUGGGUAUGAGCGGGUGUCUAUUCGCUCUGACCAUGCCAGACCUCUAUGGUCGACAACCUAACCCCAAGCACGAUACCCUCAUGCCAUAUCUUCUGAAAGGUGUGCAGGACGAGGGUGGUAUUUGCUUCAACUUCAUCCAAGAGGCGAUCAAGCGAUUUGAUGACGAUGACGCGAUUCCAGCCUUAUUCAACGAUGCCAUGGUUCAGAUCAGCAGCAGACUCGGCACUAUAUCCAUGGACCAGGACUACAAGCCUUAUGUUCAGGUCAUGUUGACUUAUACAAGAUUCCCUCCUUUGAUUGUCAAUUUGGCCAAGCACACCUGCUUUAACAUGGCUCAAUCCGCUUCUGGCAUUGAAAAGCACACUAUUUUGGGCCCCUUCUUCCGUAUCUCACCGGUUCAGAGCGAGGUCAUUAAGAGCUACUUUCCAGGGGCACGAUCCCUUGAUAAAGGUAGAAUUGCAAACUCACAAGACGCUCUGCGAAUGGUGUUGAGGACACAUCAGGAUGAUCUCUUCGCCAUCACAAACGCCUUCAUCCGGGCAGGUCAGGAUACAAGAUCUCGAACCUUGGAUUGGUUCGCAUAUGUCAUGAACACAAAUCACAAGAGGAGGGCAAUGCAGGUGGACCCACGAGAGGUUGCAUCCAACGGAUUUAUGAUUAAUGUGACCACGAUUCUUGACCGAUUCUGCGAGCCUUUUAUGGAUAUGGACUUCAGCAAGGUCAACAAAAUCGACGAUGACUAUUUCAGAAAGCAACCGCGAGUUGACAUCAAGGACGAAACAAAGCUAAACGCUGACGACUCCUACUCUGAAAAAUUCUAUGCGGAAAAGCUACCGGGAGAAGCGAACUUCAUCUCGGAGAUUUUCUUCUUGACUCUGGCAGCACAUCACUAUGGAAGUGAGGCUUGCAAUUCCCAGCUUAAAAACCUGGACCGAGAUAUCAAAUAUCUAGAGAAGCGAGUCAAGGCUAUGGAAGCAGAACGGGUCAAGUUUAUUAACGCUCCAGUUCAACUCGAACAGUAUGAUAGAGCAGUGAAGAGACAUGUUGACGCUCUUGAAAAGAGCAUCGCGGUCAAGUUGUCGAUCGAGGGCGUUUUGCUAGACGAGAGAAUGCAGGGCACUUCAUUACGCUUCAUGCGAAUCGUGGCAGUCUGGUUGCUCCGUUUGGUGACUCGAUCACAGUACAAGCCUGGUCUAGAGUCCAAGGAAAUCCAGUUGCCUCUUCCCGCAGAGAAGUCAGAUGUAUUCUCGUGUCUUCCAGAGUACACGCUACAGAACAUUGUUGAUAACUUUAAGUUUAUUUUCAAAUGGUUACCCAAGAUCCUCCCCAGUGCUGUCGGCGACGAGAUGAUUGCGCUUUGCGUAACAUUCCUUCGCUCAACGGAGUACAUCAAGAACCCUUAUCUCAAGUCUUCUCUGGUUUCACUUCUGUUUUCGGCCACCUGGCCACUGAUGCACCUCAAGCGAGGAGUUUUGGGUGACCAGCUUGUCGGCAGUCAGUUUGCCAAUGACCAUCUCCUCAAAGGAUUAAUGAAAUUCUACAUUGAGUGCGAGUCUACAGGCGCAGACUCCGCAUUUUAUGACAAAUUCAACAUCCGUUACGAGAUUUUCCAAGUGAUCAAGUGUGUCUGGGUCAAUGAUCAUUAUAAGAGGCAGCUGACGCGGGAGAGUCGGGUCAACAAGCAGUUCUUUGUUCAAUUCGUCAACAUGCUGUUGAACGAUGCCAUCUACGUCUUGGACGAAGCUCUCGGCAAGUUUCCUAAAAUCAGAGCCAUUGAAAAAGAGCUCGAAGAUCCAUCAAUACCAUCAGAGGAUCGCCAAAAGAAGGAGGAAGAGAUGCAGCAGUUGGCCAACCAAGCCACGUCCUUUAUGCAGUUGGCUAACGAGACCCUCGAGAUGAUGAAACUGUUUACUGAGGCUAUGGGUGAAGCGUUCACUAUGCCUGAAAUUGUGUUUCGUCUCUCGAGCAUGCUUAACUACAACCUGGAUACACUUGCAGGCAAGAAGGCAGCAGCUGAGCUCAAUGUUUCAAACAGGGACAAGUACCACUUCCGUCCUAUUCAGAUCAUCUCGGACAUCGUCGACAUCUACCUCAACCUUGGUGAAUCGACAGUUUUCAUUGACGCCGUUGCCUCAGAUGGUCGUUCCUACAAGCCCGAGGUGUUAGAACGCGUCUCUCGCAUUCUGACAUCCAAGCAUCAGAAGGACCCAGCUGCUAUUGCCAACUGGGACAAGCUCAGGGUUAAAUUUGUGGAUGCCAAAACAAUCCUGGACCAGGCAGAACUGGACUUGGGUGACAUCCCAGCCGAGUUCGAGGAUCCCAUCAUGGGUAUACUCAUGACGGACCCUGUCUUGCUGCCCAGCAAGCACAUUGUCGACCGAUCUACCAUCGCUCAGCAUCUCCUAAGUGAUGCCAAAGAUCCUUAUACCAGACAGGCCAUGACCAUGGAGAACGUUGUCCCGCAGACAGAGCUGAAGGAGAAGAUUGAGCUGUGGCGAGAGGAGCGAGUACAGGCCGCCAAAGAGAAGAUCAAAAGCGAGGCCAUGGAUACCACAGAGGGUUGA